GCACACUGACCUCGAGGAGCGGGUUCAACAUGUUUUCCUUGUAUAUGCCUAGAGUACAACUGGGAGGAAAUGUUUGACAUAAAAAUCCCAAUAGCAGUAAUCUAGGAUAUAAAUAGGUUAUCACUAGCCUAUAUUAUAAUGGUUGAUGAGCCGAAUGCCAUCGUUGGCCUGCUAAGCCACCAGGCAUUGCAGAAGCUGCAUAAGGCCGUGGAACAUGAGAUACAGCAGUUCCAGAAUGAUCUUCAACAGUCCCAGACCCUCCUGUCCAACCUAGGCCAGCCAUUAGGCUUGCGACUUAGCCACCGGUCUCCCUUGCACUGGCUUAGUGCCCUGCUUAUCUUGCUGGCAGCAGCUCUGAUGAUUGUAGCCUAUGGUUCAUCUGGUAAUGAGCUGUACAUCGCUGAGGCAUUAAUACUACUAGUUUUACUGAUGAUAAAUGUCUACGCUACUGGCUGGGAUUACAGCUUGCAACGCAAUGAAAUGAUCCGCCGAGGAGAACUAUUACUGGAUUACAUCAGUGAUUGCAUUGAUCAGGGAGUGAAAUGGACUGCAUCAUCAUACCCAUCACUUCACAGCCCAUUUACAAAAUCAUUCAGUUUGAUCUGGACAUAUCGUGAUGGUCGGUUAGUCAACCUGCCUAGCGCCCUCCUGGUAGAGGGUGACAGGGUCAUGAUCCGGCCAGGUCAAGUAGCACCCGCCAAAGUGAGGCAUAUCGAGGAGACAGAAUUAAUUCUAAAUGUUGGUGAUCGUUUUGAGGCGGAAUCAUCCAAGCUAUCAUCACCAACUCUACCAGUUGCUCGAAAACCUCUAAAAGCUAAUUGCUUCCAAGUCUUAGAAACACCGUAUCUGAAAAAUCUAAGAGUUGCUUUACAUCAAUCACAGAAUCGACCAGUGUCUGUCUUGGAGAACAAACGUAUCAUGUGCACAAGACUUGUUGAGAGGAUUCUUCUACCAAUUAUAUUUGUCAUUUCAUUAUUAACAAACAUUGGUCGUUACUUAGGUUUGACAGAGGAUGUUGGGGAGUGGCCAGAAAUGAUACUUGCAAUACCGAUAAACACUGUCAUACCCCUGCUCCCACUAUUCUUUCCAAUGUGCUGGAUUGUAGUUAACAGCUUUGGUGUUGCAAGAAUAGUUGCUGUCUUUAACAAAGCAUUGCAGAAGGAAGAGCGACAUGCUAUAAGUGAUGAACUCGAGACCGAGAAAGCAAUCACUUCCGAUGAUUCGCUUCCAUGGAAUGAAGUAUGGGAACAUUUCAAAGCCAUCAUUUGCGGCUCAUCCAGCUAUCUCCCUAGAACAAGUAACCUUUUCCAUGCACUUGGAAGUAUGACAGUGUUCAGUUGUGUUGAUAAGCGAGGAAUAUUGUCGCAGCCUGAUCCGUCCGUUGAGAGAGUAUUUUUUCUGACUGGUCUCCAGCCAGAUGAUGCGUCCACCACCGAUUCUGUCUUUACUGCUUCUGAGGAUCAUAGUAAAACUGAGCAAACGGACGUGGAUGAAAACGAACAGGGAAUCCAGGUUGUAAAGAAACCAAUCAUGCAAGAUGCUAAUGGUGAAAUACUUGGCCUUUCUGCCAAUCUUAAUUCAGAUUCAAAGGAGGUUCAGUUUGAUGAGCCUGAUUGGGAGAAACACAUCAACUCUCUGAAACCAAUGGGGUUGAAUAUUCUACUGAAUACAUGCAACAAACAGACUGUUGAACAUCAUUCGCAGUUCAUUGAUCAUGUGUACUGCGCUGGAAACUUGAAGGAAAACCCUCUCUAUAUUCAACAGCAAAGCUGUUUAUGUCAGUUAGCGAGGCUUAUUGGCUUUACUGACCGUGCUACCGAUUCCUACAAACUUCAACAUCAACUUGCAGCCUACAGACCUAUUCAGAAACUACAACCAGAGAGAGGUCGGAUCCAAAGAGUACAAACAUUCAUUAAACGCAAAACACCAAUCCCACACAUGAUGUCAGUAAUUGUAGAAGACACAAGAACAGAAAUGCAGCAAUUACUGACACAAGGAACUGCUGACUUUGUCUUGGAUGCAUGCACUGACUUUUGGGAUGGCUCUGAUAUCUGCCCAAUAUUUGAAAAUCACAGGAAGAAAAUUUUAGAUUUUUACCAACGCCAGUGUUUAGCAUCGUAUUGCUGGGCAUUCUCCUACCGACCCAUGGUGCACUCCAUAGCUAAUUACCUUGAACAGUGCUUCAUAGAGCUACCCAAGCGGAGCAAGCAAGGACAACCAGUAGUAGAGUAUGAAUCUCCACAUGUAUCCAGGGCAUCUUGGAAUGGUAGCCGAUAUGAUCUUGAUGUGAAUGAUGGGUCCGAACGGCCGUAUCACAGUUUAGAUUCCGCAAUGAAUGCAGUCGGAGAUAUCAGGGAUGCAGAAGGGUGCUACAAAGCUCAAUGUGGCCAGAUUUUUAUAGGAAUGGUGUCCUGUAACUAUCAGGCCAAGUCCGACAUCGUGAACCUCUUGGAGAACCUGGAUGAAGCAUGCAUUCGCUUUGUGCAUUUUUCACGCGACCAAGAACUCAGGAGCAAGGUUUUUUCAGAAAAAAUUGGUUUAGAAACUGGUUGGAACUGUCACAUUUCACUUCUUAGUGAAGAUCCAACAUCCAAUCAGGUAUCGCAACAAGCUUCUGAGUCAUCGUCCAAGCCUGAACAUAUAAAGGUUAAUGUGGAAACAGGUCAGGUCACGUUUCAUGGCCAGGAGGAAUUCACAGAAGAUGAUGUUGGAAGAACAGGUCCCGAUGGAGAAUCUGAAGACAAUGUAAACCAGAGUAUAAUAGAAAUUGAGGUUACAGAACAUCAAGAUAAUGACACUGGUGAUUUUUUAGAUACUGAUGGAAAAGAAUCUCCUAAAGACUCUUCCAAAGUAAGAGAUAGUGAUAGUAUUGCAGAUGCAACAUCUGAAAGAAGUGCAUUGCUUCCACAACCUCUGACACAAGAGAACUUGGCAAUCCAAGGUCAUGCUAGCCAGGGAGAUGUCAGUGGAGAGUCUGAGACAACAGGACUUCUGACGGCUAAGACAUCUACAUGCCACGGAGAACAGAAGCAUGUUCGUCUACCAACCCUAAGCAGCGCACACAGCCUUGAUAGUGUGUCUCUGAACCAGGAACGUCAACGUCACUUUUCAGAGACGUUUAGUGACACUGAUGCCGAUACAGAGAGCGUCACAGACCCUGGUAGCACUGGUUUUGAUAUAUUCAACCGAGCAAAAUUACCUCGAGGUAUCCAAAACAUACGACCUCACCUGGACCAGGUGGACAAUGUGCCUCUGCUGGUUCCACUUUUCACAGAUGUCACCCCAGAAACAACAAGGGAAAUGCUACAGAUAAUGCAAGAGUAUGGUGAGGUUGUUUGCUGCAUCGGUAGCAGUUUAAACGUCAGCAAUACAGAGAUAUUCAUGCAAGCCAAUGCGAGCCUUGCGUUAGAUCCAUUACUGCCCAGUACUUGUUCCGGUCGUCCUGCGCAUCAGUCUUUAUUACGUACAAAAUACUCCCCCCUUAACGUCACUCGUCAAUUAGCCAGCUUGCCAUGCUGUUUAACAUUCCAUACAGACGACAAUGUUCGCCUCACAAAACUCAUUAAGGAGGCGAGGGGCUUCAGUUCAGCAAUUUAUACAACUGAGAUUUUCCUGAUAUUUUGUUUGGUAUCUCUUAGCAUGUUAUAUUUACUGUCCUCUCUCCUCAUGCUACCCCCACCGCUGACUGGAGGACAACUGUUGUGGGUAGUUAUUAUAAUAAUCCCGAUGUUAAGUCACUCUUUACUUGCUUGCCCAGUGGAUAAACAGAUUAUGACUCAAGCAGUCGGCAAGAAUAACAGACACAAAGACUGGGAGGUCAUUAUAAUAUACAUAAUAUUUUUUGUGGUGAAGUUUUUAUCAUCUGUUGGCAUCUGUCUGCUUUGUGAGGCAAUUACCCUUAAUGAAUUCUGCCUUAUGAAUGCUGAAAACAGUGGAAGUUGUCACUUUCUUUUAGGUAAUAGGAACAAUAGUGAACCAUUUAAUGGGUUGAAUGAUGAGCUCUCCAAUGGCUACCUGUUAACCCAGAAUCUGGUUGCUUUCUUUCUGGUGCUCUAUUUUGUUGUUGCCUCCGCAAGCUUUGCUCAUCGUUUCAAGAGUUUAGUGAAGAAAAGGCCAUUUGGGAAUAAGAUUUGGUGUGUGGUGAUAGUUCUUGUACUUGUGUUACAAGUUAUUUAUUUUGGAUUGGAUGUGUUAAUUUGGUGGAAGACAGAUGAGCUUCAAUUUAGCCUGUAUGAUGUUCCAAUGUCAGUAUGGUUAAUAGCACUGCUAUGGCCUCUUGUUCUCCUGCCACUAUGUGAAGCCAUCAAGUUUCAUGAUAUACAAGUGUUUGAAAAAUGGCAGAAGAGAACAAAGCUGCAAUUUGGAACUAAACUUGGUAUGAAUUCACCAUUUUAAAGAAGUCAAGUGUUAAACAUUAUGAGUACUCAACCUAGUGGUGCUAUUAUUUGUGUUAUGGUAAUCGGUCACACUGCAAACCAGACAAAUCAGUAUUAAAAAUGAAAUUAUGUGGUAGUCUGGUGCUAUCAUGUGUUUUUCUGGUAUUUGGUAAUAAACUACCAACACCAGGAAAAACAAGUUGUUGUAUGUCUUUGAUAACAGGUUUGUUAAAUUAGUACUACUGAUAAUAUAAUAUUUGGUAGCUUCACCAACACCACAACUAAAUGUACACUGAUGAUAACAUCAGCUGUUGUAACUUCAAACCAACACUAAAUCUGAAGGUUUAGUAUAGGUAGGCCUACUAAUAAGGUAAUCUGGUCCCAAUAAUGCAGUGUAUGUAAGGUAUAGGAAAAGGACAUGUCAUGUUUUAGAAGGCAGUAUGAUUGUUUAUUAGUGUUUUUAAAUUCAUUCUAGUGUUUGUAAUUACAUUUUAUGCUUUGGAAUUAAUGUAAUUACUUGUGAACCUUGAGCUAGCCUAGUGGCAUUCCAACCAACAUUAUUCAACACCAUUGAUGUACCUUACAGUCAGUGGCAUAUCUACGAAUCUUGAAAUGGGGGCUGAAGGGAAAGUGGGGUUUUGAUGAUUAAGUGAGGUCUCAAAAUAAGAUAUUUAACUACUUGAGCAUAAUAUUUUUGCAUCCGACAUUUUCAGCGGGGUGGGAGUAGGCAAAUGAUUGGGGCGAGCUUUUUUGGGGGAAUGCACUUCUUGAUAUGCCAGAAACACUCUGUAGAAGCCAUGCAUUUUCCUUGACUGAGCAUCACUCCCUCCAUUCUGUACACAAUUUUUUCCCACCUAUAUGUCACAGGACUGCAGGUACCGAUUGUGUCUGUAGAUGAGAUGUAUUUGAUGUUGUACCUCAUGUAAUAGUACAGUAUUGUGCAAUAUACUUUGGACAGAGCUUGGUAUUUUUUUAAUUUAUUAAGAGUUAUUGAGAGUGCUUUUUAUUUGCACAUAUGUUAAUGGCAUAAAGCAAUAAUACUUAGUAUGAAUUAUUUUGUUUGCAACCACUUAAGCAGGUUCAGUCGUGCAAGACCACCGGUUCUUUCAUAAGUUGCUUUUAUUAAUUUGCUAUCAAGAUAAGAAGAUUUGAUAGCUCCUAAAUACUGUAUAAUUUUAUCUAACUUAGGGAGACAUGUAUGUCCGAUUUAUUUCUAUAAUAAUAAUUAUGUACAUGAAAUUGUACUAAAAGUACACAUUACCAGAACGAUAUGGAUCACAUAGAUUUUUGAUAGUAGCAAAUAAUUUGGAUGCGGAAUAUUUUUU